AGGCCUAUCCACCUGUGAAUGGGACUGGCCUAUGUCUGCCUGUAGCUAGCAAGCAACACCACCACCACCACCACCACCACCACCACCACCACCACCACUCCAAGCAGAGCUGCGGAGUCAAGAAGAGUGAGCGAAAGAGAGACCUUCCACUCAUUGUCAUACCCUACUUGCCGUUUGACAGGUUCCUACUCUUUCCUCUUAGGGAAAAUCCUAAACAGUUACUCUUGUCGAUUUCAAGUUCUCUUAUCGACCAGAGACCGUGAGGAUUCUUAUCAACGAAACCCAGCCGAUCACGCAUCGAAACCAUUACCUUUGCUUUUCACCUUCCUCCUGCUACAAGUCUUCCCUCGCUUUUUCUCCCAACGACUCCAACGACUCCGUCCCUGGCAUCCACUCGCUAUUGCCAGCCAGCACCCAACCGAUCCAGAUGCCAUCCGUUGCCGAGGAGCAUCCCCGGCUGAUGGCGCCCGGCAGGAAACGCAGACGGGAUGUCAACGACUCCAGCAACGACCUGCAGCUACAAGGCUCUCUGUACGAGAAACUCGCCCAAUACCACUCGGCCGCGGCCGCCGCGACGAACAACUGGAACGCUGACGGCGUGUUUGGAAGCAGGCCCGUUCAGCAACAGAUCCAGCAGCAGCAGCAACAGCAACAACAAAACUUCUUCCCUCGCUUCCCCGGCAGUAGUAAUGACCGAAUGAUAUUCCAGUACGGCUUGCCGGCGAACACAAACACUGCCACAGAAGACUCCCACCAGAACCUCGACCCAGUGCCCCGGAAGAUGGCUCCCCUCCCUAUGCCUAAGCGACAGCGCAUGUUCGACGAGGAGGGUGCGGAUCUGGAUAGCACGGAUGGGGACCUUUCGACACAGCCCAGCAGUCCGAGACAACGGCGGAGUAGCAAAUCACCGCCGGCGUCCCAACACAACUCCCGAAAAAAUCAAGAAGGGACGGAUGCAGCGGGCAAUAGGUCAAAGACCCCCUCAUCCCUAAGUCCCUGCCACAUCUGCCACCGCCGGCCCACCAAGAAGUCAGACCUCGACUCCUUCGCCGACUGCCAGGGCUGUGGUCUGCGUUCGUGCUUCGUGUGCAUCAGAGAGUGUCAGGGUUGGCGGAAGGACGGGCGACCCAGUAGCAGUGGCGGCACCGACCUGGUUCACGCGGAGCAAGAGCCGAAGCAAGGGGACACUGACCUCUCACGCUCAUGUCAGAUGGACGACGUCGAUGACGACCGGCAACGACAGUCGAGGGAUGGCGAAGAGUCGAAGCAGAAUGUACAGUCACCGCGAGAGGACGGCUGGACGGGCGGCGGACACAGACAGAUGGUCUGCAGCCGCUGCUGCAUCGAGAAGGGUGCCGAGGGUGACGUCGUCUGUCUGGGUUGCCUCUCACGCAUGGAGUCCAUCUAAAGGGACGUGGCAUGGAGAAGAAAAGGGGGGGUUCAUUUGUUUUAUAGCACAGCGUUCGAGGAGGGUUCUUUCUCCCCUUACCCUCUUCUGUUCAUGUCUUUUCUUCAUUUCAAAUAGUCGAUCCGCUCUCAUGAAGGGCGAUAAAGCGCACGACGCUGCUGAUGAAGGCAUGCAUAUCAUCUGGUAAUGGGAAAUGUCGGGCAUUGCCGAGGCAGCACAAGGGAUUCAGCCUCACAUCGGAGGAGGGGGGAUACCAUCAGGCAGUACGGGACCAAAGGAGGGGGUCGCAAAUACGGCCCCUCGCACUAGUUAGGCUGGGCAGACUUCGAGGG